AGGGCCAGUAGUGUGAGCCUGGAUGACCCGGACGUGCGAAUGGCCGCUGAGGCUCUCGGUGAUCUCAAGGCUGAUUUCGUCUCUUCGCCUCAGAAUAUGAACAACACGGGGCCAACGUCUCCUCCUCAUCAAUUCGGAACACCGGGCUCGUCUGAAGCCGAACCACUCCUGUCAUUAGUGUUAUCCUCGGGCUCAAUGCUGGCGAAACCUAUCGAAGGGACCGUUACAGCCUACAACACGACCAAGAAUUUCUCGCCGGGCUUUAUCAAGACGCCUGUUGAAUACGUCGAGGGUGUCGUGGGCUCGGGCUUUCACAUGUCUGGUAUUGAAGGUGGUGUUAGGUGGUUCUUCCGCGGCAAGGGCAGGCACCCAUCGUCUAGCGAUCUGGAGACGGGCGAGGGCAGCCACAAGAGGCGGAAAGUGGGCAGCAGGGGCAGUUCGAGGUCGGGGUCCCGUCGUGGCGAUGCAUCCGGUGGCAUGGCUCUCACGAGCUCGCACAGUCCGGAGACUGAGCCUUUCGGCCUGAGCGACAAGGAACGGAGGCUCUCUGUAGGCACGGUCGACACCCUCCCAGCCUAUGACGAUGCGCGCAGCCCAGCAUAUACCGAGAACGCUAUGGCUGCAUCGGAUAAUAAGCAGGCUACACCCACGACGAACUCACGCUCAUCGUCCACCAACCCUGCCUGGCAGCAGAGACUCAUGAUGUCGACCUCGGGCCUGUCGAUUGCCAUGAGUGAGGAGAGUCUACGCUCCCUCAAGUACUGCCUUACCUGGCUGCGAUGGGCGAACGACCACAUUGGGCGUGUCAUACUUGCACUCAAGGACGCGCUUGAGAAGUAUGACAGCCGGCAACCGAGAGAUGCAGCCAUGAGAAAUGACGGCAACGGUGCUGAGGAUUCGGAGCAUGCCCGCCGCGAGCUAAGUGCGCGCGUCACCGCGCUCAGGUCCGACGUCCUCAAGACGCUAACCAGUGUCAUUGAGACGGUGUCCAAGUACACAGGCGGCGCCCUCCCGGAAAAUGCAAGGGCGCUGGUCAGGAGACAUCUUCAAUCGCUGCCGCAGCGGUUUGUACUGGCGACGCAAGAGGACGCGAAUGCGAAUGCGAAUGCGAAUGGACGCGACGUAAACCCAGAGCCCGCAACAGAGGAGGGCCCCGGAGACAAGGAGAAAGAUGCGCGCGAAGGUGCGAAGAGAGUGCUCGUCAUGGCCAAGGAAGGUCUGGACAUGAUGGCACAGGUCAGCUGCGUGCUGGACGGGACGAUUGUUAGCGCGGAGGAGUGGUGUGAGAAGCUAGGACGCAAAAAGAGGGAGGAAAGGGCUCAACCGGCUGGGCAGAGCCAG